GGCGGGAAAUGGCGACCGGCCGCUGCCGGGGCUGCUGAGCGCGACUGAGCCCCCGGCGGCGGCGGCGGCGCUUUGUGCGACCCGCGCGGCGGGGGAGGCCUACCGGGCCUGGGCUGCCCUGCCGCCGCGGGGCCGGGCUCCGGCGGCGGGGAGGCGCCGUCCUGCCCCACCUUCCCCUCAGCGCCUCACAGUAAAAUGGGAAUAAUACAUCACAAACUGCUGGCGCUGCAAGGGUUAAUUACUUAAUGUUAAUAGAGGGCUUCGAAGAUUAAAAAGAAGAUUAAAAAGACCGUACAAUUUUACAUGUGAUACCAUCAAAAAUGAGGCUGAGAACACGGAAAGCUUCUCAGCAGUCAAAUCAAAAUCACACACAACGUGCAUUGAGAGUAAAGAGGAAAUACUCAGAGGUGGAAGAGAGCAUAUCUGUUGGUGGAGGAAAACUCCAGAAAAAUGAAACUGGCUUACUAUCUUCAAUUAAAAAGUUCAUUAAAGGAAGUACCCCAAAGGAUGAGCGAGAACAUCCUGCAAAAAGAAGUAGAAUUGAACGUGACAUGGAUGACAACUUAAUUACAUCCACUCCUCGAACAGGAGAAAAGCCUAAUAAACAGCUUUCUCGAGUUAGGCGGAAAAGUCAAGCGAAUGGAGAAGCUGGAAAUUAUGAAAUGGCAAACCAGCAUGUUAGGCAAAAUGGAAAAUUGGAUGAUAAUCCCACCAGCGGCAGCCCCCCGAGGACUACAUUAUUGGGAACCAUAUUUUCUCCUGUCUUCAAUUUUUUCUCACCAGCAAAUAAAAAUGGAACAGCAGGCUCAGAUUCUCCAGGCCAGGCUGUUGAAGCUGAAGAAAUAGUGAAGCAGCUCGAUAUGGAGCAGGUAGACGAGAUUAUUACCAGCACCGCCGUCGCAGCCAAUGGAACGCCCUACUCCAGCCAGGCAGCCCAGGUCCGAACAACCAUCAACAGCGUCUUGGAAGAAGUAGGUGAUGUGGCUGAUUGUGAUCUGCCUCCACUGACUGCACCAGUGUCUCCAGACAGUGGUUAUUCAUCAGCUCAUGCAGAAGCCACCUAUGAAGAAGACUGGGAGGUCUUUGAUCCGUACUACUUCAUCAAACAUGUUCCACCACUAACAGAAGAACAACUUAACCGGAAGCCUGCUCUUCCAUUGAAAACGAGAAGUACACCAGAGUUCUCUUUAGUUCUAGACUUGGAUGAAACACUAGUCCACUGUAGUCUAAAUGAACUGGAAGAUGCUGCACUCACAUUUCCAGUCCUUUUCCAAGAUGUCAUUUACCAGGUUUAUGUUCGAUUAAGACCAUUUUUCAGAGAAUUCUUAGAAUGUAUGUCCCAAAUUUAUGAGAUCAUUCUUUUUACUGCUUCUAAAAAGGUUUAUGCAGACAAAUUGCUGAACAUACUAGACCCUAAAAAGCAGCUGGUCAGGCACCGACUUUUCCGUGAGCAUUGUGUUUGUGUGCAAGGGAACUACAUAAAAGAUUUAAAUAUCCUUGGUAGAGAUCUCUCAAAAACGAUAAUCAUCGACAAUUCACCACAAGCCUUUGCCUACCAGCUUUCAAAUGGAAUUCCUAUAGAAAGCUGGUUCAUGGACAAAAAUGACAAUGAGCUCCUAAAGUUGAUUCCUUUUCUGGAAAAACUCGUAGAAUUGAAUGAAGAUGUUCGACCUCACAUCAGAGACAGAUUUCGCUUGCAUGACUUACUACCCCCCGAUUAAACUCAAUCUUUUGUCAAAGAGCUGAAGGGACAGAAAAUGCAGGACCCUUUUUUCUUUUUGGACUAGAACAAAAACAUUGCCAUUACUGUUGAAAUUUUUGCAUUUUUGUACCCUUUCUCGCUUUUCUUAUCUCUGGUGCCCAGCAGUAAUAAAGGGUUGCAGAAGAACUUUCUAUAUCGCCAAAUGGAAAUACACACAGUACAGUAGGUAGGCUAGAACAGAAGUGUCUUUAGAUCUAGUGCAACUCCAGCUAUUAUUUCUAAUGUACAGAACAUCUACCGUUUUUAAAGAAUUCUGUUUCUGCCACCAGCAGUUUAUCCUAUAAAAACACAGGAUUUUAUGAAAUCACAGGGAUUGAAAAUGGACUCUUGUUUUCUCUCUGUUUGGUGCUCUCUAAGUGGGUUUGCAGCCACUUUGUGUUACUUUUAAAAUUCUCAUUUCAACAGGAAUGGCCAGUAAUUUUUUUUUCCUGUUAAGGUUUAUAACCUUUUUACACUUUUGACCUGUAUUCAAUUUUAGAAUUUCAUUAUGCAUUCCUUUUAGUUGAGGUGGCUUCAUACUUUUCUGGGAAUAGCCAAGUUUUAUUCAUUUUUAUUAUUCAGUCGAAUGGCCAUUUUCCUGCUUUGUCUGCCUGAAUACUGUAUAUUUGUUUUUUAAAAAUUACCUAGUUUUAUUCCAUGUAAGUUUGUUUGUUUGUUUGUUUAUAUAUAUAUAUAUAUAUAUAUACACACACAUACACACACACACACACAUUCAUUCAUUCAUUCAUUCCUGUAAUAUUCUACUGUAGUGGAAAUCUUUUUAAAAAAAUCAAGAGACUGGCUAGAUAAGAAAUAUAAGAAUUACUAAUACUCGGAAUAGUUAAACCAUUGUGAUGGCAUGUGCUGUGGACAGAUGAUGUCUUGUGGCGGUGUGCACAGCUCACAGACAACUAUCGGUGCCUCAGUCUCCUCUGCAGAGGAAUUUGCUUGGUCUGAUGCAGUUCCAUUCCCGCUGCAUCAGGAUCCCCACAAGUGGAAUACUGAGUGCAGGAGAGCAUUUGAGAGCCCUGCAUGGGUUGGCCCCUCUACUAUGCAGUUCGUUACAAUCAGUUCUAAGCUUCUGUGUGGCAUGGUCCCGCCACAGUGACACUGCCUAAUCCUGUGGUCCUGGACACUCCCUUGCUGCCAGUGCAGCUGACGCGCUAUCAUAGUGGUUUUCUAUAUUAUACGGAAAUAGUUUUCAAGCCUUGGUUCUCUAAUGCAGGUUGUACAAGAGGCUGAUAUUUUUUUAAUGGAGUGCGAUCUCCUUUUAGGAGGCUUUUUAUGGAAGGGAAAAAUUUGUAAAAGCUAGCUAGCUUUGCCUCUAAACUGCAUUGACAUGCCACAGGCUUGGGCUGUUUUUAUGUAAAGGAUGUUGCAGAAUGGCACUUUUUCUAAAGAGAAGUUUGAUAUUUUGUAUGCUUGUUAAAGAACAGUAUUGGAAAUUAAAGGUGGACAACUGAUAA